UGAUCUGGUAGUUCCACAUUUUUCGAACGAAUUGCUUACGAUUAGCGAACGCUUCCGUAGGUCAACCAAAACCCUAAACCCCAUUGCGUCUGCAACAGUCGGGAACAUUCUAACGGCGAUUUUGACGCCGGACGAGGUUGACAAUUGUUGAUACAAAAUGUCUCGGGUUUAUGUUGGGAAUUUGGACUCAAAAGUCACAGAAAGAGUUCUGGAAGAUGAAUUCCGAACAUUUGGUGUUCUUCGAAGUGUUUGGGUUGCUCGAAGGCCACCUGGUUAUGGCUUUGUUGAAUUUGAUGAUCGAAGAGAUGCAUUAGAUGCCAUUCAUGAUUUAGAUGGGAAACAUGGGUGGCGUGUGGAGCUUUCUCGUAAUUCAAAAGGUGAAGGUGGUGGACGUGAUAGGCGUGGACAAGGUAGUGGUGGGGACAUGAAUUGUUAUGAAUGUGGUGAACCUGGUCAUUUUGCCCGAGAGUGUAGAUUACGCAUUGGAUCAGGUGGUUUAGGAAGUGGAAGGCGGAGAAGCCCUAGUCCACCUCGCUAUCGCCGUAGCCCUAGCUACGGUCGAAGCAGAAGUCGAAGCCCGCGAGGGGGAAGAUCUCCUCGUCGUCGCAGCUAUUCACCUAGGAGUAGGUCACCAGCACGUCGUAGAGAUUCUCCUUAUGCUAAUAGAAGUCAAAGCCCACGAGGGAGAAGAUCUCCUCGUCGCAGCAAUUCGCGGAGUAGAUCCCCAGUGCAUCGACAAGAUGGUUCUCCUUUUGAUAAUAGAAGUCCUGGCCCUGAGAAGAACUACAGUCCUUCACGGGCAAAUGGUCAUGAAGAAUCUCUUAAUGUCAACGGGGACGGGCAACGGAGCAGGAGCAAAAGCUAAAGUGCACAUAGUGCAUCUCAGAAACUGUUAAAGAAGGGACCUUGGAACAUCUUUAAAUCUCCUAUAGUUUAGUAGAACGAUGAAGCUUUGGAUUCUUCCAUUGGCUGGAGCACUCUCCUCAGCUUUACUGGCACAUGGAGAGGUUACUUUUCUAGUUCACUAUUCUGUUUUGUUUGUUUCUUUUCCAAUACUGAAUUCAAUACUUGAAUGUCGUAGCCGAUUAAUCAUGUUUUAAGAUUGUUAGUUUAAUGUUGUUAAGUCAAUGCUAUUAAGGUCUUUAACAAAGUGAUUACCCUAUUUGUUUUUGUUUGAGGUGUGUGGAGUUCUGCCAAGAUAUAGAACGGCCACUCCGCGGGCUCUUCUUCUCGACACUGUCUUGGCAUCACUGCUUCUCCCAAUCUGUUUCUGCCAAUCUUUCUAUUUCUGCCAAGUGCUAUGGCAUCUACUCAAAAUUGGUACUCCAUCAGAACUGAUGAACUAUCGGCAGAAGUUAGAAAAGAUGUGAAACUUUUUUCUUUGCACUGUUAAGGAUUUGGGGCUUUGCUAGGGUUUACCAAUCUCUUGCUUCUUUGCUGGAGUUUUGUAUGGUGUUUAGUUGUGUUCAAAGCAAUCUAUUGAUGACAGUUAAGUUGUU